UCGGACGUAACGAGGCGGCGCCGCGGUGUUACGUCAUCUGCUCGAGCCUGUAGUGACCUUCUUGCGCUCGAGCGGCAGAAUCCGAGCGUUCGGUUCGACAGAAGCGGAGAUAAAUCCUCUGACGGGACAACAUGGGUGACGUCGAAAAGGGAAAGAAAGUCUUCGUCCAGAAGUGCGCCCAGUGCCACACAGUCGAGAACGGCGGCAAGCAUAAAGUUGGCCCCAACCUGUGGGGUCUGUUCGGACGCAAGACAGGGCAGGCAGAGGGCUUCUCCUACACAGAUGCCAACAAGAGCAAAGGAAUUAUUUGGAGUGAGGAGACUUUGAUGGAGUACCUGGAAAACCCCAAGAAAUACAUUCCUGGCACAAAAAUGAUCUUUGCUGGCAUCAAGAAGAAGGGAGAACGUGCAGACCUUAUUGCAUACCUGAAGUCUGCCACAUCGUAAUGCUGUUGGUAGAGGAUGAAGAUAUUUAAACUAAAUGUUUUCUCAUUUUCUGUCUUUUAACAAUAUCUACUCAAUUAAACCUCACAAAAUGACAAGGACUAUUUGUGGUUUUAAGUCAUGGCAUGCUGCAGAUGACCGUCCACGAGGAUUCUUUGUCUACCACUGAGCUAUCAGCACUGUUGGAGUGAUUGUCGUUCCUGUGUCUAUCAGGCCUUUUCACUCGUGGGUGAGAACUGUAUCCCCUGGUUUCACAGGAACUGUUGUAUGUUAAAUUAUUCGACUGUACUAAUGUGUGUGUAACCUUGAGGCUGAGAGUGUCUGUGUGCUUACUGGUAGCCAUGCUAAUUUGUGUCAUGGAUGGGAACUGUCAAUAAAAUUUAGAAAAGAGAAA